AUGGUUCCUAGAUUGGGUAGAUAUGGCUCAAGGCUAGCUGGUCUACCGCAGCACUUUAGCAGGAGAGCUAUCCAUGGCAGCCAGAAGACACGAGGCUCUUCCAGUUUUGGUUCGAGUUUCCAGUAUGUUUUGCUCGGGGCUGGUGGCGUGGCAGCUGGAUAUUUUGUGGGAAAAUCGACCAGCUCGGAGAUUGUCAGUGGCUCUCACGCUCAACCGGGCCAGCAGCCUAAAUUGAGUGAUUCUUCGACUGCACCGUUGUCGGUGUUGUCUACACCCGUCUAUGCCAACGAGGACCAGUUCCAACAAGGGUUGGACAAGAUCAUCGAUGUUGUGGGCAAGGAGAAUGCCCAAUUCGACAAGGGGAUCCUCGAUUCGUUCAACGACUCGUUUUUCUCGACUCACCACCCGCCAAACCCUGAGCAGCAAAGACCCAACGUUUCCAUUAGUCCCACCUCCACAGAGCAAGUUUCUCAGAUCUUAAAGAUUGCCCAUGAUUACAGAAUCCCCGUCGUGGCCAACUCGGGGUUGACCUCGUUGGAAGGACAGAACAUCCACACUCGAGGACCGUUUAGUAUCUCGCUUUCGUGCGCCAAGAUGGACAAGAUCAUUGCCUUUCACCCCGAUGAUUUAGAUGUAGUCGUGCAACCGGGGGUCGGGUGGCAGGAUUUGGACGAGUUUUUGAAAGAUGACCCCAAGGGGAAGAAUUUGCUCUUUGGGCCUGACCCUGGUAUCGGGGCCAAUAUCGGGGGCAUGGUGGGCACUAGCGCCAGUGGCACCAAUGCGUUUCGAUACGGCACGAUGAAGGAAAACGUGGUGAAUUUGACUGUGGUGUUGGCCGACGGCACCGUGAUCAAGACGAGGCAGAGACCAAGAAAGUCCAGUGCCGGUUAUGAUUUGACGCGGUUGUUUAUCGGGAGCGAAGGAACGUUAGGGGUCGUGACUGAGAUCACGUUGAAAUUGCACGUGCGUCCAAGAUUGGAGUAUAUCACUACUGUUGCCUUCCCCACGAUCAAGGAUGCCGCGGCUGCUGCUCAGACUAUAAUUUCAAGAGGCAUCCAGCCAAACGCGAUGGAACUACUUAAUGACACGAUGAUGUCGUUUGUCAAUGAAAUUUCCGACUCGGAAAAGAGAUUGGAAAAGCCAACUUUAUUUUUCAAGCUUGGCGGUCCCACAAAGGAAGCCAUCGAGGAGCAAUCGAAAGUCGUCGAUGAGAUUGCCACUCAGAACCACGCCAUUAAGAUUGAGAAGAGCACCAAUGACGAGCAGAAUAACCAAUUGUGGGCCGCGAGAAGAAACGGACUCUGGUCGACUUUUGAAUACGGGUCGAAAAUCUUGGCUGACCCCCAGGAUGUGCAGUUAUGGACCACCGACGUUGCUGUGCCCGUGUCCAAGUUGGCGAAUGUGAUUGACGAGAUCAACGACGAUUUGGUGGAAGAUGGAUACGAGCACAAGUUUUCGGUGCUUGGACACAUUGGAGAUGGAAAUAUUCACUUUUUGAUUCUUUACAAUUCUCCCGACUAUGCAAAGACCCAUGUUGCUGUGGAUAAGAUGGUUAGGCGUGCUCUAAAUUAUGAGGGUACAUGCACAGGCGAGCACGGUGUAGGAGUCGGUAAAAGAAUCUACGUUGAGGAAGAGUUGGGAGAACCGACAAUUGACUUGAUGAGACAAAUCAAGUUGGCGUUGGACCCGAGACGGAUCUUGAACCCAGACAAGGUGUUUAAGAUUGAUCCAAAAGACGAUCUAGACGAGCAGUUGAACUCUGGCCACAUCAUAGAAAAACAUGAAUGUAGACUGAACCAUUGA